AGCACCUCCCAGCCGUGCAUCAAAAAUCACCUCAGCAGACACUUGAAGCGUUUUAACGGCAGACAUCUGACCCCGCUGAAUGAGCCUGAGAAGAUCCAUCACUGCUCCCCCGCCUCAGGACCGCCUUCCCCACUCUGUAUUUUCCCUACAAGUUGUGCAGCUCAGUCAAAGGGACAUUUUUGCUGCUGCUGAGAAGAUCAAGGACAGUUUGACAUGAGGGGGGAUGCUCCACAAAGAGGCAUGAAGACCCCAUGUCUGUGGGCUGCUGCUCUGCUGCUGUCAGUCGUCUCGCUGGUGACCAGUGCUGAUUCACCAAGUUCAGGAAAUUCGGCCUUGAGAGAAAGCUCAAAAUCCAAAGUGAAGACCUACUGGACUGAAGGUAGCAAGGCAGUCUCUAUCAGCCGUCUGCUGUCCCAGGGCUUCUAUGGCAAAGAGAACUUCACCUCUCUGGAUCUGAACUAUGACGAGGCGGACUCGUUCUCUAAGCAGGAGCAGUGGAAUUGGCUUUAUAACACUUCUCACCCCCGCGACGCUCGAUCCAGGACAAAGCGGAGGCCCAUCGUCAAAACCGGCAAGUUCAAGAAGAUGUUCGGUUGGGGAGACUUCCACUCCAACAUCAAGACGGUGAAGCUCAACCUUCUCAUUACUGGUAAAAUCGUGGAUCACGGAAAUGGGACAUUCAGCGUCUACUUCCGCCACAACUCCACUGGUCAGGGCAACGUUUCCGUUGGACUCGUUCCGCCAACCAAAGCUGUGGAGUUCCAGGUCCACCAGCAGUUCCACCACCACCAUCACCACCAGCAACAGCAGCAGCAGCAGCAGACGGCUCUAGAGACCAAGGACAACAAGCUGUUCAACUGCAGGGUGGAGUACGAGAAGGUGGAGAAGGGCACCAGGAACUCGCUGUGUGCCCACGACCCCUCGCAGAGCUGCCCACAGGAGCAGACCCAGAGCCACGUGUCCUGGCUGUGCUCCAAGCCCUUCAAAGUCAUCUGCAUCUUCAUCACCUUCUACAGCACCGACUACAAGCUGGUGCAGAAGGUGUGUCCAGAUUACAACUACCACAGUGACACCCCCUACCUCCCCACCGGGUGAGCACAAGACCAGACAAGGACAAAAAAAAAAAGAAAAAAAAAAGACGCUGGGACAGGCUGCCGGGUCUUGGGCUAUGUCAGAUUAUUUGAAUGCAAAUGAAGUCAAGACACUUCAAACUUGAGACGUUGACAGGUAUUAUUACAGCUAACACAUCCUUGAUGCAAGACUGAUAUUGCUCCAAUGAACAGACCUACCCCGAGGUCAUUUUGAGAGCAUUUAGGGAAGCAUUUAUAGGCUUGCAAUACUCUUAUUAAAUGCAUAGCUGCUUACAUUGAAAGGAAAUUCUCAAACCAACCAUAAAAAUAUGCUGAUUGUAUUUAUGUAAAUAUUGUGGGUUCCACAAAAAGACCAGAAAACAUUUGUAUUAAUGUUUUCUCCUGCUAAUUUAGUUGUUUAUGUUUAUAGUGCAUUUCCGUCUCAAUCAUGCUUUCUGUCUUUUCCAAUCAGUCUCUGGUAAUCAUUGCAAACACGUAAAUGUCAAUGCAAAUAAGAAGAAUCUGUCAGUAUGCAUUAGAGUGCAUAAUGCAAAAAGCAAACAUAUUUUGAGUGGUGUUGUUUUCUGCAGUGUGAUUGUUAGAGUGAGUAUACCUCUCUGAUAUUGUCGUUGGAAUCUCGUCCAUGUUCAUGCAUGAACCAAAUGUGGUAAACAGCUGAAUUAGGUCCAUCUAUAUUUCCAUGUUAUUGCAGCUGUCAAAAAUAAUCUUCAUCAUGUCACGGGAGGAAAAAAAAGGUAUAAAAGUAUUUCUAUUUUGUGUGUUGUGUUAGCAGUUCUUAAACCACAGCAAAUGACAUCAACGGAGGGCUCCAAUAAAGUCAAACACAAGCAAGUAAAUGUGGUAGUAAAUACAACCUGCAGACGACACAACUUUACAGACACAGAAGAUCAUUCUUAUUGCACUGCUCCUUUAAAAAUAAACUUAUAUGUGUGCUUCUGUUUUCUACGUCCUGCACUUCCAUUUUGGACAUUUAGCGUGUUGUUUUUCAUGACCAAUAACAAGUUGAGUAUAAUAAUCUUAACUCCUUCGUCACUAAAAUAACAAGCAGACUUAAGUACGAGAUGUCAGAGCCACAGCGCCCCCUGCAAUAUCCAAAAAUACACACACAUUGGAGUUAUCAUUAAUAAAAAGUGCGGAAUUAUGAGAGAUAAACAGGGUCAAAAUAGUUUCAAAAUAAAAAAAUAGAUAUACAAAGAGGCAACAUUGAUGUUCAUCUAAAAAAGGAACAAUGUAAGAGGUGAUAAAUUGUGUUUCCUGCUCCAGAGGAGACACAAUGUAGACUAAACAGCAGGAGCUAAUAACACAUUUCACCUAUCCAACGUUUGCACCUCCGGUUAUCAAAAAAAAAAAAAAAGAUUCUGGAAGAGACUAAAACUGGCUGUUAAUGAUAUUGGAUGUUCCAAUUGGCUAUUAAACCUUCAUUACAUAAAUUGGGAGCCACUGGCUCCACGUGAAGCAUUUAGAGGGAAUGAACACAGUGAAAGUGGGAGCUCUGCAGAGUCAACACCAUCCAAAGAAGGAAUUAAAGUGCCGAUGGAAAACCUGUAAAAAAGCACAAAUGUGCACCUAGGGGCGCAAUCACUGCUGUCUAUUUAAAUUCGGUGCUCUGACACAGUGUACGCUAUGGUAUACGCAACUCAGUAACUGCUAAUGGCAGCCUGGACGACAUCCAAUAUGCCAACAUGGAGUGUAUUUUCUGACAAGGCAGGCCAAAGAAUAGGGGUCUGCCUGUGGGAUGAGUGAGCAUAAAGAGGAAUUUAUGAUGUGGAGGAACAAGGCUGGCAGAAAUCACUGGAAGCACCUGACUCGUAAAUUGAGAGCAUGUUUCUGUCACCCAGAAGAAGGAAUGACUAAUGUCUCAGAUUGCUGUUUGGGCCAGUUCUUUCAUCUCAAUAAAGUGACUUUGAUAUCCCCCCCCCCCCCCCCUACCCAAAUGUGCCCGGGACAGUUUGUUCAGCUUCAGAGAAUUAAAGUAGCACUUUGCUGAAACAAUGCAGCCUCAUUAUGCACAUAAUCUUACAAGUGUAAACAGUCUGGCACAAGUGUUUGUGUGUGAAAGCAACUUAGAGAUGGAUCUGUUCCCUGACUGAUGCUGUCUGAGGGCAAAAGCAAUGUACUGUGUUGUGUACAGAUUUAAUGGAUAGAGUUAUCACAGAUAUCAUUAACAGCUGCAUUCCUCAAUCCUUAAACAGUGAAUGAAACGACUAAUAAAAUGUGAAUUGUGUGACAAACCCAACCUUUGCAUUUGCAUAAUGGUGAACAGCGUAAUAAUAUAUUUCAGGUCAUUGUUUUGGUUUUCAUGGUUGACAAUUUCACUGUUUAGAUUCACUCUCAUCGACUCCAGAAGCGGGCAACUUCUUUUUACAGGAAAGCUCAAGCUGUAAGAUCCGUGCCCGGCACCAAACAGACAAUGUGAGCUACAAGCUGGUGAGCAUAAUGUUACAUUUAGCAGCUAAAGAGGCGGAUAAUUUCCCUCAGGAGUUGGUAGAAAGCAAAGGAGUGUGAAUAUUUGACUUCCAUUUGCUAGGUGGCCAGAAACACCCCUGAAUAUUAACAUUGUUCUGUAUCUGUGUGAAUGAAAAAGCUGUCAAACUAAGUAACAAAUGCAGGUUUAGGAGUUUUUAUUUUUCUUUAAAAUCAGCAUUUUGUGCAUUUCUAAUCUAAAAGUAAUUGCAGAUACCAUGCUGUUUU